AUGGAACGGCUGAACAUUGAGUUUGACCGUUUGACAGAUGAUUAUGUUAAGCUAGAAUUUCUUGCGGGUGAAAUCGAGGAAAUCAAAGUUACAGAUUUAACCGAGAUUACCGACGAGCUUGCGAGGCUGACGACUAGUGUAGAGAAUGUGAAAACGUGGGCGAAAUCAGCUGCUUCAAGGCAAAAUCAAACGGAGAUGCGGAAGUUUUUGAGGCAGCAUUUAGAGAGAGCUUACGCGCGCGUGUUCAAAGGUAACGUGGAUGAGCAAAAGCAACAGGGUGGGUCGGGAGUGACAGCUGGACCUGUCGACCGCCAAGAACAGCAACUAAAUUUGUCGAUUCAGAUUUUGGGAGCCGGGGACUCGGAUGAUGAUGAAGAGAGCGAGGGCAAUGCAAACAACGCGCGUGAAGAGAACGCGGUUGCGGCGCACUCGACGCCUCAAGGCAGGGCAAAAUUAACCGCAGGGUCACUUUUGUACAUGCCGAUGAUUGUAGAUGAAGAGUCGAAACAACCAAUUCCGAUUUUGGCAAGCGAUGGACAGGCCAAGGUGUGGCCUAUCACGGAGUCGUUGACAGAAUCGCGGAAACGAGGGAAAGUUAUUUCGGUCCGGGACUGGAAAUUGAAAUUUGACGGAGAUUCUAAAUCUGAGUUAAGUUUCGCCGAGUUUCUGCGCGAAUUCGAGUUGAAGAAGAGCGAGAGUAAUUUGACUGAUCGCGAGAUUUGGUUGGCCGCGCACAACUUGUUCGUGGGACAAGCGAUAACUUGGUUCAUGGCGAACCGCGAGUGUUGGGGUUCAUGGGCUGAUUUUGUACCGGAUUUCUUGCAGAAUUUUAAACCUCCGAAUUAUGACAAGCGAUUGUGGCAUCAACUUAGAUGGCGAACGCAGGGAGUAGAUGAACGUUUGAAUAUUUAUGUGGUUGAGAUGAAGCAGAGUUUUUCACUGCUAGCGAAACCGCCGAGUGACGCGGAGAAGCUCGAGUUCAUUAUUGCGCGUUUGAAUCCAGUUUCAUUGGAUAAAUUGCCACUCGAGGACAUUCAUUCAUUGCACGAUUUAGUCAGGGAGGGACUGAAACUGGAGAAGGUCCAGUGUAGAAUUCAGACAUACAAGGAGCCGCAAACUCCAGAUAAUCACGUCGAGCCAAAAUUGGUGUAUAGAUAUGAGGAGAAAAAGCGAGCGAACGAGAAAAAGACAAAAGAGAAGAAAGCGUGCGCGAUUGCGAGCGAGAAGAAGCAGCAGCAGGCGGCUUCUGCGAGUGAAGGCGCGGCGCGACAAACUGAAGGGAAAGACAAGAAAUUGAAUUAUGUGCCGGAUUUAACCGAGAUUACCGACGAGCUUGCGAGGCUGACGACUAGUGUAGAGAAUGUGAAAACGUGGGCGAAAUCAGCUGCUUCAAGGCAAAAUCAAACGGAGAUGCGGAAGGUGCCCUGCGGGGCCGUUCUGUACUGUUUGAAUCGACGGCCUGCGAAGCCUUCCCGGGCGUCGUACGGGCGGCGGGUUCGGACCCUCGACACCCUGAGUCCACCCAAGACCAUCUACCCGGUCCUCGCCGUGCAGCCACAGCGACCACUAUACCUUGUGAGCAACAGGAGAACUUCGACUACAAUUCUUUUGUGA